AUGGCUCACAGUAAAUCUGUUUGGCAGACAGGUAACUACAUGGAAAUAAUGAAACUGUGGCCAAAGAACGGAAACCACGUUCUGGCUCAAUACGAUGACCACAAUAUUGUUGUGUAUCAAGCAUUCUGUCCAGAAAUUGCUAAUUAUGCAGUUAAAAACCAAAGGUUUGGAGGUCCGCAUUACAGUUUUGACAGAAUGUCUUGGAUAAAGCCAAACUUCUUAUGGAUGAUGUAUCGCUGUGGUUGGGCAACUAAGUCAAAGCAAGAAAGGGUCCUUGCUGUGAGGAUAACUAGGGAAGGCUUUGAUUCCAUUCUUUCCAAGGCAUAUUCAGCUCAAGCACAGAAAGCUGCUGGUCUUAACAAGAAUGAUAUACAAGUACGUCUCCAGUGGGAUCCUGACCACAAACCAAGCGGUGCGCCAACAUUAAGAAGAGCUAUACAGCUAGGACUCAAAGGAGAGAUUUUAAGGAAAUAUGCGACUGAGUGGAUUGUGAGCAUAGAAGAUGUGACACCGUUUGUACAAGAAGAGAUGGUUAAAUUGACUCCAGAAAACAUAGACAAAUUGGUAGUACCAAUUGAGAAAGUAUACCAUGUUACGGAUAAGAAGACUGCCAACUUGAUUAACGUUGAAGAACCAGAAUUAUGA